CAGCUUGUCUAUUGCCCAUAAAAAUCAGUGGAUGUGUGUGGCUGAAUGACAUGAGGGGGAAAUGGGGCGUAAAAUUAAAGAAUCUCGCAGAAAGCGAGAACUGGAGAAGCAAAGCAGCGACCCCCCUCCCUCCAACACACACACACACACACACACACACACCAACACACCCGGUAGUCUGUGAGCUGAAACUAUAGAGCAGCCACAGCAACAACAUGCUGCAGGAAAACGUUGCAGAAAGGAGAAUUGAGCGUGUUUAGAGCCAGAGCCAGAGCAGAGAUGGGCUGCAGCAGCCUCACCGCCUCACGCCUCCUGUCCUUCCUUUUGUCUUGCUGAUCUCUCACUCAUGUUCCAGGAUUUCUCUGACCAGAGAGACAUGGCCAAACAGCCGCCCAGCGCUCCUACCGGCUACAUCCCGACGCAGCAGCCCGACGGAGCUGCGGGACUUACAACAAACAAACCGGACAACACUGCUGCGUGCCCGGCGCCCGCCCCUCACCAUCACCCGGCGCCUCAGCCGCCUCCUCCGUGCAACGAGAGCAAAACUUUUUGUCUCACGGAAAAUAAACCGGGAGAAUUGGACAGCAAUAAAGCGUAUGGGACGUUUAAAAACCCCCCACCGGCUGUUCCCGGAUCCGUGGCCGUCAACUCGGCCUUCAGGAAGGAUUCCACCGGUUCGGCCCGCGGGGGGGCGGCUCAGUACGGCGACCCGCUCCGGGCCACCGCGGAGCAGAACAACACCGCGGGCAACUGGACGGCUAUGAGCCAGACCACCAUCAUACUGGGAACAGAUGGGAACACGUCUGUUCAGCCCGGCACCGUGACGGGGACUGACGAUGAUGACGAUGGUGGAGAGGAGAAUAAAGCCAGAGGAAACUGGUCAAAACUGGAUUUUAUUCUGUCCAUGGUUGGCUAUGCGGUGGGACUGGAAGUGUGGAGGUUUCCUUAUCUCGUCCAAAAUGUGGGAGGAGCUUUUUUGAUCCCCUACCUGACAAUGUUGGGCAUUGCUGGGAUCCCAAUCUUUCUCCUGGAGGUGUCCCUGGGUCAGUUUGCCAGCCAGGGCCCCGUGUCAGUGUGGAAAUGCAUCCCAGCUCUGCAAGGUUGCGGGAUUGCCAUGUUGAUAAUAUCUGUCUUGAUAGCCAUAUACUAUAAUAUUAUUAUGUGCUGGACACUGUACUACCUGUUCGCUUCGUUGAAGGGCUCACUGCCAUGGGCUAACUGUAGGAAUGAGUGGAACACGGUGGAAUGUAAGGACAAAGACAUGCUGCUGUUAGACACGUGCAUCCUGCGGGACAGAAACAUCACCUCCAUCAAGAACUCCACGUUCUGUCUGUCCGCAAACGCUGUGGGAAACCUGACGAAACUGAUAAACAUGACUGUGGACGGCAACAAGACCUACGUCAGCCCCAGUGAGGAGUACUUCAAGUACAACGUGUUGCACAUCUCUAAAGGAAUUGAAUAUCCAGGAGACAUCCGCUGGCCUCUGGCAGGCUGUCUGCUCCUGGCUUGGUUGAUCGUUUACGCCUCUUUAGCCAAAGGAAUCAAGUCAUCAGGAAAGGUGGUUUAUUUCACAGCCACAUUCCCCUAUGUGGUGCUGGUCAUCCUGCUGAUCAGAGGAGUGACCCUCCCCGGUGCCUUUGACGGCAUCCUUUACUUUAUCACACCAAAGUGGGAGAAACUGAAUGAUGCAAAGGUGUGGAAAGACGCAGCCACUCAGAUCUUCUUCUCUCUGUCGGCUGCUUGGGGAGGCCUCAUCACUCUCUCUUCCUACAAUAAGUUCCACAAUAACUGCUACAGGGACACUAUUAUUGUGACAUGUACUAACAGUGCCACCAGUAUAUUUGCCGGGUUUGUCAUCUUCUCGGUCAUUGGUUUCAUGGCACAUGAGUUGAAAGUGCCCAUAGAGAAGGUGGCAGAUGAAGGUCCAGGCAUAGCGUUCGUGGUGUAUCCAGAGGCUCUGACCAGACUUCCCCUGUCUCCUUUCUGGGCGAUAAUCUUCUUCCUCAUGCUCCUGACUCUUGGUCUGGAUACCAUGUUCGCCACCAUCGAGACCAUCGUAACCUCCGUGUCAGACGAGUUCCCCAAAUACUUGAGGAAACACAAACCGCUGUUCACCCUGGUCUGCUGCGCCAGCUUCUUCAUCCUCGGAUUUCCCAUGAUCACAGAGAGUGGGAUGUUCAUGCUGCAGCUGGUGGACACGUUUGCAGCCUCCUACUCUUUGGUUAUCAUUGCUAUCUUUGAGCUGGUGGGGAUUUCCUACCUUUACGGUCUGCAGAGGUUUUGCGAGGACAUUGAAAUGAUGAUUGGUUUCCAGCCAAACCGAUUCUGGAGAAUCUGCUGGGCCUUUGUGACUCCAACCAUUCUGACGGGCAUCCUUGGACUGAGCCUGUACCAGUGGAAGGUGAUGACCUACGAGGACUACACCUACCCCACCUGGUCCAUGGUUAUGGGCUGGCUCAUGGUGAUCUGCUCCGUUAUCUGGAUACCCAUCAUGUUCGUCAUUAAGAUGUACCUCGCUCCCGGCACCAUAAUCGAGCGUCUGAAGCUGGUCUGCUCCCCUCAGCCCGACUGGGGUCCUUUCCUGAUGAAGCACCGUGGAGAACGGUACAAGAACAUGAUCGACCCUCUGGGAACUAACUCCCUGGGCCUCAAACUGCCCCCCAAGGACUUUCAGCUCGGCUCCUACCAGUAGCAGCUGACCCCGGCAAGCACACCACACCCACCACCUCCAACCCCCCUACAGGGGGUACUGGGAGGCGGGGCGACUUCCACCUCUUCUUCUCCCUCCUCCUCCUCCUCCUCCUCCUCCUCGUCUCUGUCUUUCUCCUCACCGUAUGUCACCCUCUUUGCUUCCCGUCUUCCUCCUCUGUAUCGUGGACGUGGAUUUCCUCUUCCUUAUGCCCUCUUUUCCACCACUUCCUCUCUUUCUGUCAGGGAGGAGUGGCUGCCCAGGUGGAGUGUACUCCUCCACUGCUGCUUCAUAGUCGGUAAAUGGGCUGUCAUUGCCUCCCACACAUGACCACUGAUUACUUCAGAACCCUUCCCAGGGAUCUUUAUUCCAAGAGAAAAAUUGUGUCAUAAAAUGACACAGCUCAGACUGCACUCGCAAUAUUAGACUCACCAUAGCUGCUCCCUAUGGAGUCGUGUGUGUGUGUGUGUGUGUGUGUUCAUACGUGUGUGUGUGUGUGUGCCAUCAUAUUUGUGUGUAGAGAUAAUGAAUCAUCCUGGUGCAAGCAGACGCAAGAAAACAAAAAGAAAAUUGAGCGACAGAGAAACAACGGUUCAACGUGCUCGACGGGGAUCUGUGUUUCGUUCCAUCUGUGUACAAAAUUCCAUCGGCAAUACAAAUAAUAUCAAACUGCCUCUGGAAAGAAAGAAAGAAAGAAAGGAAGAAAGAAAAGAGGAAAGAAAUAAAGAAAGAAUGAAAGAAAGAAAGAAAGAAAGAAAAAAAAGAAAAAUAAACAUAGUAUGCACUGCUAUCACAUUUUGUUCCUAUCAAGCCGUAUAUAUUCCCACUAGUUAUUGCUCAGUCGCUCUGGCUUUGUCAAAAAUAGAUUACAAGAUUUGCAAUUUGUGCCUCCUACGUCCCAGUAGAGUAGCGAAUGCAUCCUGAUUACCACUCUCACUAGAUACACUUUGGCCUGGAUGACUCUGCAGUAUGAUAGAAGCUAGGGUCUGUUUUUUCCUCUCUCUGAAGCCGAGGGACCAUUUGUGAUACCCUCUCUCUCUUUGUCUAUUUAUUAAGCCGUAUUACUGUUCUCCUCUAUUGUAUUAUCUUAGAAUGUAAAGUAGCACAUUCCUAACGUAGGAAACCACUAGAGUAGUCUAUCCUUCCUUUUAGCAGGCGGAAACGUGGCCAUUUAACCUUUUUACGUCGACCUGGUAGUCACUUUGCGUGUAUAUUUUAGAUGGUGCAUUUAUCGCCGUGUGUGUUGUGAACUUGUCGAGCC